AUGAUUAGGUUCCAAGAUUCGAGGCACCAUUGUUUCCGGGUCUACGAACUUUCCAUUGUGGAACUCCAGUUCUUCAGUUUCCUCCCACAGCAGAGUUGCGCUGAAAGUCUCCUGAUCUGGGGUUACCGCAAGUCUAGAGAGUGCGUCUGCAUCCUUCAGGUGUUCUCCAGAAAGGACACAGGAGAAGCGGUAGACUUCCAGCUUGCAAGCGGGUGUCUUUCAUCAGCUCGUGUGGCAGUUGGGCGCCUUGCACCAGGCAUCACGGGCUGCCGCUUGGGUCCCGAGUCUUCCGUCUGUGGCAAGAGCGGCAGCGCAAACGAGAGCAACGUCGACGACUGGAAGAAACACACGUUGGCUUCAUUGCUUAGAGAGUAUGGUGCAGAUGAUGUGUACAACCUUGACGAGCCAGCCAUUUCUUACAAGAUGCUGCCCACAAAAACGUCCGCAGCAAAGAACACCGCGGUCAGGGGUCGAAAGCAGGGCAAGGAAAGAAUUACCAUUCUGUUCAGCACGAAUAUGUGCGGUAAACACAAGCUGCCGCUACUCGCAGUUGGAAAGAAUGGGAAGCCUCGCUGCUUUAAAAAUGCACAGCUGCCACCAAGGGAUGAGCUUAUCUACUGCCACAACAAGAAAGCCUGGGUCACAGGCGCAAUAUUUGAAGAUUACGUUUGGCAGCUUGACCGCAAGUUUGCGGCCACAGACAGGAAUGUACUCUUCAUUGUUGACAAUUGCCUGGCGCAUGGGGACAUCCCACACCUGAAAGCUAUUAGGAUGGUAUUUAAUCCUCUUAACACCACGUCGAUCUUGCAGCCAAUGGACCAAGGGGUCAUUCACCACACGAGGAAGAUUUACUGCCACCACCUGCUCAAGCUCAUGGUCCUUUGCUAUGACAACGGCAAGGAGUGCUCCAUUGACUUCCUUGGGGCCAUAUGUCAUAUUGUGUAUCCAUGGAAGCAAGUGGAACCCACUUUGAUCAUGCGGCGCUUUGAACACGCUGCCUUCUCGAAGGAAAGCACCGUUGAUGCUGAUGCUUGCUAUUCUUCAUGUGCACUUGAUGAAAAAGGAGCCGAGUCUUGCGACCACAUCAAUGUACUCUGCGUAGAGGAUAGCGAAUCUGGUGCGGUCGACUUCGCCGAGUAUCUGAACUUUGAAAAUGGUCAACAAGUGUGCUACUCAGACUUUAAGAGUGAAGCUACCGCUGAUGCAACCAUGUGCGAUGACAGCGAUGACGACGACGCUAACGAGGCCUCCCCAGCACCCGCUCUCAGGUACCAAUUUCCUUGA